AAAUUGCCUUUAUAAAUCUUUUCUUCUGUUUUAAUCUGUUAAACUAUAGUGUUAAUAAAUUUUCUACUCUUCAGUCAUUGUUUUAUUAUUGCAUAAAGUUUAUUUGGCUUAUGUUAAUGGCCAAAUAUAAAAAUUUGAAAGAAUAGAACUUUUUAUAUUUAUUGUACAUAUAUGUACAAUAAAUAUUUAGUGGAGAUUGAAGGUAAAACUUUCUAUAUUUUAAACAAUUUCUGUAGUUUUUUUACACUAGGAAAUAUAGAAUAAUAUUGACAACAACCUAAUUAGAAUUAAGUACAAUUUAUAAAUGUUUGUUUUAACAAGAAUGCUAAAAUACACGAGUAAAAAAUUGAUAGAUUAAAAAAACUUAUUCAAAAAGAUCUGUCAUUCACAGAAGUUUGCUUUUAUUGAAAGUAUGUUUAUGUGUGCAUGUGUGUAUGCAAGCAGAAACCUACGGAGUGUAUAAAAGACACAUCACCAUUUCAUGAAUAACUUUUAUAUUUAUUUUAACCUUUGAAAAUUGUUCUUAAAUAUUUUCCAUGGCCUUAGAUUUUUUUCUACACUAUUGCAUUACUGAGUUAAUAGUAGUAAGGAGAGAAAUACAUUAUGUGCACACGUGUGUAUGUAUAUAAUUAUCUUUUUUAAAAUAUAAAUUUAUUUAUUUAUUUUUGGCUGCAUUGGGUCUUUGUUGCUGUGCGGGGCUCUCCCUAGCUGUGGCGAGCGGGGGCCACUCCUCGCUGCAGUGCGCCGGCCUCUCACUGCGGUGGUCUCUCCUGUUGUGGAGCACGGGCUCUAGGCACGCAGGCUUCAGUAGUUGUGGCACAUGGGCUCAGUAGCUGUGGCUUGUGGGCUCUGGAGCGCAGGCUCAGUAGUUGCGGUGCAUGGGGCUUAGUUGCUCCGCAGCAUGUGGGAUCCUCCCGGACCAGGGCCCAAACCCGUGUCCCCUGCACUGGAAGGCAGACUCCUAACCACUGCGCCACCAGGGAAGUCCUAUAAUGAUCUUUUAUGCAGUUUCAUGUUGUUAGCUUUGAACUUCCUUCAAGUUUUCUCGUUUAGGAAACCCACUAUCAGUGCACUUUUAAUGCUGCAUCUGUUACUUAACUGUGAUUCUUUAGGUUCAGUUCUAAAUUCGGACCACCUAGUUCAGGAGCUGGCUCUGCCAUUUCUUAGCUGUGUGACCUGAGGUGAGUUUCUUAGAGUCUCUGUGACACAGAUGUCUCCUCAACAGGUGGGAACAGAUAUUUCUCCAAUGUUACUACACAAAAUAAUACACAAUUAGAGUAACGCUUAGUACAUGGUAAAUGUUGAAAACCUUUUUGUCUUUGCUAUUAUAACCAUCACCACAAUUUUUAGAUUCUAAACUUUCUUUAAAGCCACUGUGAACUUUGUAAUCCCUAAAGACACCACUUAUGUGCCAGCUCAUCAAAGAAAUUAAAUAUCAUUGGUGUGUAGAAUGUACUACCUAGCACUUCCAUAUAGUCCACCUUGUGAUGAUGAAUUUUUUAUUUGUAGAUUUCUUUUACUGUCCACAAAAUGUGAAAUGCAUAGUGAUUUUGUGAAUUUUAUGCUCUGUGGUUGAAAAGUGUAAUAGCACAGAAUUAGGGAGAUAUGACUUGCUCAAAAUUAUCUUACACUGAUCUGUCAGAAUGCUCUCUACAACCAAAUCAAUCCUUACACCUCUCUCCUAUCAUUUUGUGUGAAGAUAAGAACUCUCCCCAUGGUCCCUUAGUGAAACGUGUUUUUCAUUAUAGGUGCUGUUGACAUUCAGGGAUGUGGCCAUAGAAUUCUCUCAGGAGGAGUGGGAAUGGCUGGACCCUGCCCAGAGGGCCUUGUACAGGGACGUGAUGUUGGAGACCUACAGGAACCUGCUCUCCCUGGAUAUCUCUACUCGAUGUGUGAUCAAGGAAUUGUCACCAAAAGAGAAUAUUAACAAAGGAGAAUUAUUCCGAACACUGAUGUUGGGAAGACACAAAAGAAAUGACAUCAAGGAUUUUGAUUUCAGGGAAGUCCAGCAAAAUAUGCAUGAGUUUGAAAGUCAUUGUGGAUAUGAUGAAACAAAUUACAAAGGAGUUAUUACAACCUAUAACAGAAAUCUCACUAGUAGAAGAGAUCAACAACAGAACAAAUCCUGGAAUGAUUUCCCUCUAAAGCAGAGUGUAUCUGUAAGAAAAAGUACUUAUCAAUGUUAUAAACAUGAGAAGUCAUAUAUAAGGUAUUUGUUAAAACUAAAAAAUAACAUAACCUAUGCAGAAAACACAUAUAUAACAUGUUUUGAGAAUGAAGUUGGAUUAAGGUUUCAGUCUCAUCUGGCUGAACUUCAGAAGUUUCAAACCAAAGAGAAAAUUUAUAAAUGCAACCAAGUUGAGAAGUUGAUCAACAAUAGUUCUUCUGCUCCACCACUUCAAAGAAUUCUUCCUAGUGUCAGCAUCAACGUUUGUAAUAAAUCUGGGAAAAUUUUUGUACAUCCUUCAUUACUUACACAACAUCAGAGAGCACGUAUUACUGCAAAGCCUUACAAAUGUAAUGACUGUGGGAAAGCUUUUAGAGACGGCUCAAACCUCACUAGUCAUCAGAGAAUUCAUUCUGGGCAGAGACCUUACAAAUGUAAUGAAUGUGAUAAAGCCUUUAUCCAAUUUGCAAACCUUGCUAGACAUCGGAGAGUCCAUACCAGAGAGAAACCCUAUAAAUGUAAUAUAUGUGGCAAGAGCUGUAGUCAACAUUCAAACCUUGCAGGUCAUGAGAGAAUUCACACUGGAGAGAAACCUUACAAAUGUAGUGAGUGUGGCAAAGCUUUUUCUGGGCAUUCAAGCCUAACUCAACAUAAGAGAAUCCAUACUGGAGAGAAACCUUAUAAAUGUAACGAAUGUGGGAAGGCUUUUAGAGGAAGCUCGAAUCUCACUAAUCAUCAGAGAAUUCAUUCGGGGCAGAGACCUUACAAAUGUAAUGAGUGUGACAAAUCCUUUAACCGCGUCUCACAUCUCACUAGACACCAGAGAAUCCAUACGGGAGAGAAACCAUAUAAAUGUAGUGUAUGUGGCAAGGUCUGUAGUCAACAUUCAAAUCUUGUAAUUCACCAGAGAAUUCAUACAGGAGAGAAACCUUACAAAUGUGAUGAGUGUGGCAAAGCCUUUAUGGAGCGUUCAAGCCUUACUCAACAUAAGAGAAUCCAUAGUGGAGAAAAGCCUUACAAAUGUAAGGAAUGUGGCAAAGCCUUUAACCAGUCCUCUAACCUUGUCAUACAUCAGAUAAUUCAUACUGGAGAGAAGCCUUACAAAUGUAAUGAGUGUGGCAAAGCCUUUAAUGUGUGUUCAAGCCUUACCCGACAUCAAAGAAUCCAUACAGGGGAGAAGCCUUACAGAUGUAAUGAGUGCGGCAAGGCAUUUAGCCAAUUUGCAAACCUUACUAGACACCAGAAAAUGCACACUGAAAAGAAACUUUGUAAACCUAAUAUAUGUGGUAAUGCUUUUAUCCAAAGAUCAUGCAUUGGAGAUCAUCAGAUAAUUCAUAGUGGAGAGAAACCUCACAAAUGUAAUGUGUGUGGCAAAACCUUUUAUGCAUAUUCAAGCCUUACUCAACAUCAAAGAGUCCAUACUGAAUAGAAACCAUAUAAAAGUCACGGAUUUGGCAAAGCCCCUAAGUAGGGCUCACACUUAACUAGACAACAGAAUAUACAUCUUUGAAAGAAAGCACAUAAAUGUAAUGGGUAUGGCAGGGCUUUUAUCCAAAGAUCAAGCCUUAUGUAAUGUUAGAAUUCCUCCUGGAGAGGAACUUUAUAAAUGUAAUGAAUGUGUUAAGCUUUUAUCAAAUGUUCACACUUUUGGGGUCAUGAGACGAUUCACAUCAGAGAGAAAACAUACAGUCUGACCUCAAGAUUCACCACAGAAUUUAUAUUGUAGAAAAAUCUUAGAAGUAAUGAACAUGAUAAACUGUUUCACCAUUUUCUCACAACAGGCUGCACAUCAGAUUCAUACUAGAGGAAACUAAGUUCUUAUCAGAGGUUAUUCAAGUUAAAUUCUGCUUAGUAAUGAAAAAUCAAAAUCAUAAAGCCUGUAAUGGUUGUCAAAGUUACAAGGAUACCUGUGGAAAAGCUCUGUGAUCUUAAUUUAGUAAGUGUUUAUUUGAGAUUUCUUGAAAAGGCUACUUUAGUUUUUGAUGGCUUUCAACCUGAGUUUUGAAAUCUUUAUUUUAUGCCUUUGUUACUGUUUUGUAUGUCACCAUGAAGGUCUCUGGGAAGGAUUUAAUCAGAUGAAAGAACAUCCUUCCUUGGGUGAGGUUCAUGUUCAGAGUUUCCUGAAAGGGCAAGAACACUGAAUUUAUGAGACAAUACAGUAUAAAUUUGAAUGAGGGCUUGAGUGGCAUGUAAUAGAUGUAAAACUAUGAUCUAAGUCGUCAUGAUUAAUGUAUCAUGGGCUCUCUUCUUCAGUUUUGUUGGUAUGGGGUUUUUAUGGUGAUAUGGGUGGGGCUGAAGAGAGGGUAUCUGAAUGUGGUUUAAACUUUCCACCAGUGCCAAAGAAAGGAGACCCAGGCUUUCUAAUCAUCUUGCUUAAGUUAGGUAGAAUGGGAAGAGGGGUGGGAGACUUAAAAGCUGUUAGUAGUCAAAUAAUAAAAAAUGAAUUCAAGACUAAUUCAACACUGAAUGUUUACUCUUGAAGUUUCUUACUCCUUGGUUGGGAAAGACCACAAUUUUCCUCGUGUUAAUAACUGUGUACACAUUCUUUUCUGUUGCACAUGUAGGAUCCUUUAUACAAUAUAACUGUUGAAAGUGUUUGUGAAAUACUGUUUAGGUAAACUGCCUGUGGUAUUUUUAUGGUAGUUUCAUGAAAGUAAUGUGUAGAAAUGUUUAUCAGACAAUAAAUAUGAUUUAAUAAUUUUAUUAGAGUUUUCAAAAGCUAUAAAAAUCUCAAUUUGAGAUUAUGGUAAUAAGGCUUAUGGUUCAUAGUUCUUUUUCAACUGUGUUAAAAUUUACUUUUAUGUUCUUAUAAGAUUUUUCCUUACCACUUUUUUCCUCACACCUUUUAAAUUAAUUUAUAUAUCUAGUUUACACUUCACCUCUAUAGUCAGUAAAACAUUUGGAGGAUACAUAGGCAAAGUGUUUUUUGUUUUAAAUUAAUUAAUUACUUUAUUACUUUUAUUUUUGGCUGUGUUAGGUCUUCGUUGCUGCGCGUAGGCUUUCUCUAGUUGCAGCAAGCGGGGGGCUACUCUUUGUUGCUGUGCGCAGGCUUCUUGUUGUGGUGGCUUCUCUUGUGGAGCACAGGUUCUAGGCCCACAGGCUUAAGUAGUUGUGACACGCGGGCUCUAGAAUGCAGGCUCAGUGGUUGCCGUGCAUGGGCUUAGUUGCUCUGCAGCAUGUGGGAUCUUCCCGGACCAGGAAUCUAACCCAUGUCCCCUGCAUUGGCAGGCGGAUUCUUAACCACUGCGCCACCAGGGAAGUCCAACAAAGUAGUUAUUUUGAAACUUUCACAACAUAAGAUAGUGCUCAUAUAACAGUGUUAGGUACAAAGUAGGUGAUCUAUGAACGUGAAGAAAGAGGGUCUUUUAUGUCUUUAGUGCAGUGCAAGAACUGGAAUGAUACAGGAUGAUGAAUUGAAAUCUUGUAAUUUGGAGGCAGGAGACCUAUUGCUAUCCUAGAAGUCAUACUGGAAUUUUGGUUAAAAAUAUGCUUAUUUUACCUUAAAAUUAUCUCAAAUUAUUUCCCUUCUUGCCAUUAUUAUUGCUACCGUCGUCACUUGAUUCCAUUGUUGCAGUGAAUACUAAACCCCAUAUCUCCAAGGUGUUGCAGACCAGAACGUUUUUCUGAAUUCAAUGUAAAUAUUAGAUUUUUUGUUCAUUUUAUUUAUAUGUAAUUCACAUGACAUGAAAUUGACCCCUUGACAAUUAAGUGGGUUUUGUGUAUUCACAAUUUUGUAAAACCAUCAGCACUAAUUCCAGGACAUUUUCAUCACCCCCUCCAAAGAAACCCCAUACCCUUUAGCAUUCCUCACUCCCACUCCUUGGAAACUACUAAUGUAAUUUCUGUCCCUAUGUAUGUCCUU